CCUAAUUCCACUACAAACAAGCGUAGAUGCAAAAACUUCCUAAAUAAUAAAAGCUAGAGCAUAUAACGCCAAUCAGAUAAGCACACUUCCGGGACAGACUCGGAACCGUUCCAUGUGAUUGGACCAUUUUUAUCGUCUGUGUUAAUUUUCUGUAUUUGCUGAUUUGUUGGCACUGGCCGACCUUGCACAUCCAGUUGGGUAUAUUCUCUUGACGGAGUGGGGGAGAGGGACCCCUUUCUGAGUGUUGUUUGAACAGGGAAAACAUGGGAGGCAGCCAUUCCUCUGAAAAGACUAAGGAGCAAAGCAUCCAUGAGUUCACUGUGAAGGAUAGCAGAGGGAAUGAUGUAAAUCUUAGCGAUUACAAGGGCAAGGUUUUGCUUGUGGUGAAUGUUGCUUCACAAUGUGGGUUCACCAAUUCAAAUUAUAAGGAGUUGACAGAGCUUUACAACAAAUACAAGGAUAAAGAUUUUGAGAUCUUGGCUUUCCCAUGCAACCAGUUUCUAUCACAGGAGCCUGGGACAAACGAGCAGAUCAAGGACUUCGCAUGCACCAAAUACAAAGCUGAGUUUCCAAUUUUUGGCAAGGUUUAUGUGAAUGGUCCAAACACAGUUCCCAUUUAUAAUUUUUUGAAGUCAAGUAAAGGUGGGUUUAUGGGAUCUCGUAUCAAGUGGAACUUUACCAAAUUUUUGGUCAACAAAGAUGGUCAUGUUAUCGGUCGUUACUCACCCACAACAUCACCAUUUGGUAUUGAGAAGGACAUCAAAACAGCAUUGGGAGAGCAGUAACUGGAAUGGACUCAUUUUAUUUUGUAGAAGUGAAAUCUAAUUUAACUGGACUACUUUGAGUUGGAGACUUUGCCUUUAGUUACUUAACUUUCCUGCUUUGCAUAUCUGUCUGGACUUAAUAUUUUCUGCAAGUAAAGGAUGUAGUGUCAUUGCAUUCAUUGGAAUGAGCUUGAGUCUUUUUUAUUUAUGUGUUAAUAUUGGGUAUCAUUCUUAUCUUAGGUCAUAUUAGGACCUUAUUGCAAUUAUUUGUUUUACAAAACACUAUGCUGAUUUACAAGAUGCAUAUGCUUGCAAAUUCUAAAUUCGAGUAUCUAAUUAGGAUUUGGGUUUGAAAUUAUAAAAAAGUUUCUGUUAUAAUACUUUAUAUUAGAUCAGAAAUUUGUUUGAA